UGAAUGCUCCUCUGGGACUUCUCCCUCAUCUGUGAUUUCGCAGAUUUCUUGGGACAUUUCUUGUCUUCAUACCCUCCAUUAAACAGAUACAAACACAAAUACAAUGCAGACUGGGAGAUGCUGAAUUAUGGCGAGCUCCUAUACCUUAUCAGAACCAGCAGACGCCCCGUGCAUACUCGGAUCCCCCCGAUCUGCCAGCCUGCUGCUGUCUGGCUUAUCAGCGCUGCCGCUGCUGCUGCUGCUGCUGCUGGAUGCUGCACGGUGGCGCAGCCCGGAUCCAACUGAGGAUUUGAUAAUGGAAACGUGAGGACAUCGGGACAGUUGAAAGCCAGUGCUCGGGAUGGAAUAGCCCAGAAGAACAGCUCACGAUGCUUAUUUGAUCCAUCACUUUAACCCUGCGGAGAUGCUCUGCCUCCUGCCAACGGGAUUUUAUUGAUGCGCCUCUCUCCGGAUCAGGUGCGCCGGCAUUUCCUUAACUUACCUGGGAUGAUGAUUCCUGCUUAUUCCUCGCAGUGAGCGGCAGCGCACAGGUGGAUUUAAAUUUCAAACUUUGGAUCCUGUCUAGCUGGGAUUUUCCGAAGGAGGGGAUGGCAGGUGCUGAUUGGAGAUACACGCGCUUUGUUGAACACACUUAAUUCUGCAUGGAUGCUGUGGAUUUGAACGCGGCUCUUCUAGCAGAUGAGUGUGGGUCUUACAGUCACACCGGGGGUACCUGCCGCGCUGACAGAAAGCUGCGUGUUCCUGUGGGAGGCUCGUACGCGUGAAAAGCGCUCCGUGGUAUUUCUCGGGGAAACUUUGUGACUGGGACGUGGCGGAGGAUGAAGGCAGCGCACCUCGUUCGUCUUCCCCGUGGACGCUGCGCUCACCGAUUUCCUCCUACACGUGUUUGAAUUCUAACUUUGAUGGAUUUGUGAUUCAGUGUUCGUGGUUUAUUGAAGAAUGUGUUUCCUAAUUGUGGAUUCCUGUUCAGGCUGGAGAGGAGAGCAGCGGACACGAUCCCUCUUCGGAACCACAGGUGUUCCCUUUGAACAGUGACUCCAAAUCCCAAAAUGCCGAGCUGUGGAUAGAGAGCUGGCAUGUGUUUACCUCCCUGCAACCCUUCCUCCAUCAUUUCCUAGUUCCUCCUUUUUCUUUCUACUCCCCCUCUUCAACCCUUUAUCCGCUCUCACUGUUACCUCCUCCCAGUCUCUUGCUUUGUCCUCUAUCUGCUUCUCACACCUCUCCCUUCCUUCCUUCUUUCCUUCCUUCUCCUCUUACUGUGAUUCCUCCAUCCUAUCUUCUCCCUCCCUCAUUCCACCACCUCCUCCUUUUCCUCACCCCUGCAGCACACAUGCAGGCCAAGAAGCGGUACCUGCUUGUGUCUGUGGGGGCCGGUCUUCUCUUCCUCGUCUACCUGUGGGCUCUGCAAGUCGGGGAGUUCCAGCAGCAGCCGUACCGAUAUCGCCAGUUUCCCCAGUACCCCCAGUAUCGCCAAGAACGCCAGUACUACCACCAAAGUCAGGACGUGUACCAGCCCCAGCCACUGCCUCAGAGAACCCCAUCUAGACCGCCCAGGCACUGGCCAGAGUCAACGGAGCUGCUGGAGCCAUAUCUGGAGGGAGGAGAGCAGGAGGAGGACAGCCCUCAACUCCAUCACCAGCACACCUCCCCUCGGGAACGACGAGCUAUCCGUGACAACAUCUACAAGAACAAGCGCUGCCGAAUGGAAACCUGCUUCGACUUUGCUCGCUGCCAGUCAGGCUUCAGGAUUUACAUCUACCCUCCACAGAGAGGGGAUGAGAUCUCAGAGACCUACCAGAAGAUCCUGUCCUCCAUCGAGGAGUCUCGUUUCCACACCACAGACCCUUCGCGGGCCUGUCUGUUCAUUCUGGCCGUGGACACCUUGGACAGGGACCAGCUCUCAGCUCAGUACGUCCAGAACGUCAGAUCUCGCAUCCAGAAUCUGCCAACUUGGAAUGAUGGCAGGAACCACAUCAUAUUCAACCUUUACUCUGGCACCUGGCCGGACUACACGGAGGAUCUGGGCUUUGAGGUCGGCCAGGCAAUGCUGGCCAAGGCCAGUGCAGAUGUGGUCAACUUCCGACCUAACUUUGAUAUUUCCAUCCCUCUAUUCUCUAAAGAUCACCCGCUAAAAGGAGGGGGCAUAGGUUAUCUGACACUCAACGAUGCACCGCCUUCCCGGAAGUACCAGCUGGUUUUCAAAGGGAAGCGGUACCUCACUGGCAUAGGUUCAGAAACGAGGAAUGCUCUGUAUCACAUCCACAAUGAGGAAGAUAUUAUUCUACUGACCACAUGUAAACAUGGCAAAGACUGGGAGAAACACAAGGACUCUCGCUGUGACAGAGACAACGAAGACUACUCAAAGUUCGACUACCAGGAGCUGCUUCAUAACUCCAGUUUCUGUUUGGUGCCGCGGGGCCGACGUCUUGGAUCCUUCCGCUUCCUGGAAGCCUUGCAGGCCGCCUGUAUUCCAGUUAUUUUGAGUAACGGCUGGGAGCUUCCCUUCUCUGAAGUGAUUGAUUGGAGGAAAGCUGCCAUUAUUGGAGAUGAGCGACUGCUGUUACAGGUUCCCUCCAUUAUCCGAUCUGUGGGCCGUGACAGGAUCUUGGGUCUCCGCCAGCAGACUCAGUUCCUCUGGGAUGCCUACUUCUCCUCUGUAGCCAAAAUAGUCUUAACGACUCUGGAGAUCAUCCAGGACCGUGUGGACUCUCAUAUAUCCAGAAACCGCUUGUUGUGGAAUUCCCUGCCUGGUGGUCUCUACAUACUCCCACAGUACUCUACUGACCCUGCCCAGUACCCUUUUUACUAUGCCAUGCUGGGUAAGAGCCCGUCGCAGCAGUUCACAGCUGUGAUCCAUACGGUGACUCCUCUGCAGUCCCAGAUCUCCCCUGUGGUGAAGCUCAUCAUCGCUGUAGCCAAGUCCAAGUUCUGUGCACAGAUUGUGGUUUUAUGGAACUGCGACAAACCUUUACCUCCUAGAAACAAGUGGCCCUCCACCAGCGUGCCUCUCUCUGUCAUCGAAGGACAGACCAAGACGAUGAGCAGUCGUUUUUUCCCUCACGAUAUCAUCGUCACUGAUGCCGUUCUCAGUCUGGAUGAAGACUCAGUUCUCUCAACCAAUGAGGUGGAUUUUGCCUUUAUAGUGUGGCAAAGUUUUCCAGAGCGUAUCGUCGGCUAUCCAGCACGGAGCCACUACUGGGAUAGUUCCAGAUCACACUGGGGCUACACGUCCAAGUGGACCAACGACUACUCCAUGGUCCUGACAGGAGCCGCUUUCUACCACAGAUACUACCACUACCUGUUCACUCACUACAUCGCGUCCAGCCUGCUCACUAUGGUGGAUCGCAUGGCUAACUGCGAAGACAUCCUGAUGAACUUCCUAGUUUCAGCUGUUACCAAGCAACCGCCUAUCAAAGUAACACAGAAGAAGCAGUACAAAGAAACCAUGAUGACCCAGGGUUCCAAGGCAUCUCGGUGGGCUGACCCGGACCACUUCGCGCAGCGACAGACCUGCAUGAACGCCUUCAGUCACUGGCUGGGUUUCAUGCCCCUAGUGCACUCCCAGAUGAGGUUGGACCCUGUUUUGUUCAGGGACCAGGUUUCCAUCCUGAGGAAGAAAUACAGGGACAUUGAAAGGCUGUGAACGCACAAGCAUACACGCCAAAUCAUUGAACGAGAGAAAGUAAGGAAGGUCAGCAAGGUGCAUGUGUCUUCUUCGGUUUCCUGCUCGAGAGCACAAAAAAUACACAACAGAUGAACAUUUGAGGAGCUGGAAAGGAAAAGUGACACAAGCACUGGACAUAAAAAUGAUAAAACACUGAGAGGACAUUUAAAUGCGUAUUUCUAUGAAAAACUAACACUGCGUCUGUAUGUGUGGUUGAUAACAGAGCAACUGUGCAUAUCUGCCAUCUGUGACAGUACACAUAAAUAUGAAUGCAUGUAGACACAUGCAACAAAGGCCUGGACAUAUCCAAGCCAGUCCUGACCACAGGCAUACAGUAUGUGUUGCAUGGUUUGAACAAGACAACUGUACUGUGUAGGACCUAAAAAAAUAAUGUGUGAAAAAAUCAAAAAGAUAUUUAUUGUGAAAGUUGACAAAAGGUUGAAGAGAUUUAUGAGUUACAAGCUGUAUUUAUAAGGACACAGUCUGUGGGGUUGUGUGUGUACAAUAGAGACUCACUGUGGACAAAAUGAACAACGUGUAGCUUCUGGGUCAGGCCACAUGACAGCUGCUACCCCAAACCCCCCACAGACAAUGGCAAUAUGCCUCUUGUAUACUAUUGUAGAUUUUCAGCAGCAGUUCUUGUCUGUAUAAAGCAAAUAAAAAUAAAAUAAAGAGAUGUUAUGUUAUAAGGAGAAAACCUGGGUCUC